AUGGCAUCUUUAGAUCUUUUGGUGCCGCACUUACCUAAAAUCACAAUUCCAACAUCCCAGCAGUUGGUGUACAAGGAUGAAUGUGUUUAUUCUUUUGACAAUCCGGAAUCCGAGACUGGUCUGUACGUGUCGCUGACGUCGUUUUUAGGCUUCGGAAGAAAUUACGUGGAACAGUAUUUCCAGAAAACAGGCAACGCGGUCUUUUUACACAUAUUAAGAGAGAAAAAACCCAUCCCGGAGCCAGAACAAACAGGAGAUGGCCCAGAGAAGAAAAUAACUCGUCUGGCGAUCGGCGUGGAAGGUGGCUUCGACCCAGACUGUGGCAAACCAAAGUACACAUUCACAGAACAUUACAACGUUGUGGUACUGCCAGGGUUUCACACAUUCCCCUGGCCUAAUGAUGCUUUACCUGACGUGGUGAAGAAAUCUGUUCAGGCUGUGCUAGAUGCUGAUUCUCCAUUCAAACUCGCUGAGGCGGAAGCAUUACAUGGUACCUGGGAUGGAGAGAAGCGAGAAGUAUCCGUCCACUCAGUUAACUUGAAGCAGUUAGACAAUGGUGUUAAAAUACCACCAUCGGGGUGGAAAUGUGCCAAGUGUGAUUUAACAAACAACUUGUGGUUGAAUCUGACCGAUGGGUCCAUAUUGUGUGGGAGAAGGUUCUUUGAUGGCUCCGGUGGAAACGAUCACGCGGUGGAACAUUACCGCGCAACCGGAUAUCCGCUGGCCGUCAAACUUGGCACUAUAACUGCUGACGGUACUGGCGACGUGUACUCGUACGCUGAAGACGAUAUGGUCGAGGAUCCCUACCUGGCGGAACACCUCAAACACUUCGGCAUUAACGUGCAGCAGUUACAGAAGACGGAGAAGUCUAUGGUUGAGCUAGAACUGGAACUGAACCGUCGUACAGGUGAGUGGAACACCAUCCAGGAGUCUGGAAGUGAGCUGCGACCGCUGCACGGACCAGCACUUACAGGGGUUAACAACCUCGGGAACAGCUGCUACAUCAAUAGUGUUGUGCAGGUUCUGUUCCGUAUGCCGGACUUUAUCCGUCGCUACGUGGAAGGCGCUCCGGAGAUAUUCUCAACCUUCCCCGAAGAUCCCGCUAACGAUUUCAACGUACAGACUGCCAAGCUGGGUGUGGGUCUCAUAUCGGGUCGCUACUCGUUCCCUAGUACGGGCGGCGGGCAGGCGGGAGUGUCACCUCACAUGUACCGGGCGUUAGCUGGCCGAGGACAUCGGGAGUUUAGUUCUAAGAGACAACAGGAUGCGCACGAGUUCUACUUGCAUCUACUGACACUUAUUGAGCGUAACAGUCGCCAUAAGCCGAAUCCAGCGGAUUGUUUGAAGCUGACUGUUGAAGAAAGAGUCCAAUGUACCGAAUCUCUGUGCGUGAGGUACACUCGUCGUGUUGAACAUCAUCUACCACUGCCGGUGCCAGUGGCCGCGGCUACCAACGGGCAUUUAGUGAGAGAAUACGAACAGAGACGAGCGGCGGCCGAAGCCAGCGGACAGAAGUUAGAUCCAUCACAAGUUGUUCGUCCCUUGAUUCCGUUCCAAGCGUGUUUGGAUGCCUUCAUGAAAGAGGAACUCAUUGAACAAUUCUUUAGUUCAGCUCUCAAUAAGAAAGUUACUGCUCGCAAAAUAACCCGGUUGGCGACUUUCCCCGACUACCUUUGGAUCCAACUAAAGAAAUUCACUAUCAAAGAAGAUUGGACACCCGCGAAGUUAGAUGUGGCCGUUGAUAUGCCUUGGGAGAUGGACCUAUCAAGUCUGCGUGGCCGAGGUCUACAGUCGUCUGAAUGUCCUCUACCAGACACCUCGCCAGAGACCCCCGCGCCUGUAUACAACGAGCAACUACUGGCUCAACUGUUGGACAUGGGAUUCCCUAUCGAGGCGUGUAAGAAGGCUCUAUACUACAGCAACAACUCAGGUAUGGAGGCAGCCUCUCAUUGGCUCAUGGAACACAUGAACGAUUGGGAUUUCGCCAACAAGUUUGAAGCACCCGGCUCUAAAUCUGAUACAACAGCGGUUGAUGAGGCGAGUUUAGAACAAGUGACAGGUAUGGGUUUCACGAGGACCCAAGCUAUGAAGGCUCUAACAGCGACCGAUGGUGAUGUGGGGCGAGCUCUUGAUUGGAUCUUCAGUCAUGCUGAACAACUAGAUGAAGACACCGGCCCUGGCUGUAGGGACGGACCGGAGAAAUACAAACUGAUAGCGUUCAUCUCUCACAUGGGAACAUCAACUAUGGUCGGUCACUAUGUGUGUCACAUACUGCAUGAAGGAAGAUGGGUCAUAUUCAAUGACAAUAAGGUGGCUCUAUCAGAGAACCCUCCGAAGGACCUGGGCUACUUGUACUUAUAUGAGCGGCUGUGA